AUUUUCCUCGAUUUUGCAACUCGCAGCACAUCUCGCAACGACCUGUUGGCGGGAAUUGACGAGUUUCUAAGCGCCUCCUCCCUCUUACCGCCGGCCCAAUGGGAGCACACCUCACGUAUUGAACCGCCACCAGAACCACCCUCUCAGGAGAAUCGCAAAGCAGCUGCAGCCGCAGCUGCCGCAAAUGCCACUCCAUCAACACCGGUCCAACAACAACCAGAGACGUCACGCCAUUCUAUCUUGCCUAAGAUUCACCACCACCACCGUCACCACAAAAAUGUUCGUUCGGAUUCACCGACUGUCACGGCAGAGGCGGCAGCAGCCAAGGUGACGAGCACUAUGGCAUCUGGAGCGGACGGUGGUGAUGGAGGGGGUGGAAGAGACUCAUCCUCUUCUACCUCACCAUCGAAAGAUGCUGUCUCGAUGGAGAGUGGGGAGGCUGGCGGAGCAGGAGGAGUGGAGGUAUUUGAUCGAAACAACGAUCCUGCGUUAAUGAGGACGGGACGCCUCUUCGGUGGUCUAAUUCGCGACAUCAAGCGCCGGGCCCCCUCAUAUCUGUCCGACUACACAGACGCAUUACACAUUCAGUGCUUCGCCAGUUUCUUCUUCCUCUACUUCGCUUGCCUCACUCCCAUUAUCACUUUUGGGGGUCUACUCUCUAACGUCACUGGUGGGUAUCUGGGCACAAUGGAGUCGAUUGUUUCGGGUGCUGUUGUGGGGAUCCUCUACGCCCUCUUUGCCGGCCAACCGCUAACAAUCAUGGGCAGCACUGGACCCGUCCUCAUCUUUGAAAGCAUCAUAUAUCGUCUAUGCGAAUCAAAUCGUUGGUCCUACCUCUCCUUCCGUUUUUGGAUUGGCAUGUGGGUUGCAUUAAUCCUCUUUAUCAUGGUGGCUUUUGAUCUCUCCGCUCUGGUUCGAUUUAUCACCCGCUUCACAGAGGAGUCCUUCGCUCUCCUCAUUGCGUUGAUCUUUAUCUUUGAGGCCAUCAAGAAGUCCUACUCGAUUGCCUACAAGUAUCCCGUCAAUCUUGAAUGGAAGCCUUUCUUCUCGCCUCCGAGCAAUUGUACUUGCAUGAAGACGGGAAACUACACGGAUGCAGAACUGCUGGAGUACGCACGUGACGAGUAUCCCAUCCUUGACUUGCCCUUUGUCGGGACCAAUGACACAGAUGCCCAUCAUCAUCUCAAUGAGAAUGGGACAAUUGACUGGAAAAAACUGGAUGAAAACUACUACAGUUGGGAGUCAAUGGAAGCACAAAAACAAUGCGAGAUUCUUCGUGGAAAGUGGAAUUACGAUGAGUGCAAAGGAUUCUACGCUCCUGACAUAUUCUUCUUCUGUAUCCUCCUGACUGCCUUCUGCUUCUUCCUUUCCUACGGUUUGCGAAGUCUGCGCAAUUCGCGUUUUUUCCCGUCUCGUAUCCGUUCGUUGAUUGCGGACUUUGCGGUGCUCAUUGCCAUCGUCAUUUGCAGCCUCAUCGACUACUUCAGUGGUCUUCACACGCCGAAACUGCUCGUACCCAUCUCCUUUGAACCCACACUCGGUUACAACAAACGUGGUUGGAUAAUUCCACCCUUCAACGGAAAUCCCUGGUGGUCCUCGCUGAUUGCUGCUGGUCCUGCUCUUCUGGCGGUGAUUUUGAUCUUUAUGGACCAACAGAUCACUGCUGUCAUUGUCAAUCGGCGCGAGAAUAAGCUGAAGAAAGGAGCCGGGUACCACCUCGACUUGUUGAUAGUGACAAUCACCAUUGCUGUCAACUCGGUACUGGGCAUACCUUGGUUUGUGGCAGCCACGGUGCUGUCAAUUAAUCACGUAAUUUCUUUGAAAAAAGAGUCUGAAUCGGCAGCACCAGGCGAGCGACCCAUUUUUUUGGGUUGUCGAGAGCAACGUGUUACGGGCUUUUUCAUCUUCCUCUUCAUUGGUCUCUCUGUCUUCAUGUCCUCCAUCCUUCGCCGCAUCCCCAUGGCGGUGCUGUACGGUGUCUUCCUCCUGAUGGGUAUCACCUCACUAAAUGGUCUUCAACUGAUGGAACGCGUUGGACUCUUCUUCACACCAGCCAAAUACCAACCCGACUAUACCUAUCUGCGUCAUGUGCGUUUGGGUCGGGUUCACUUAUUCACGGUCAUCCAGGUGUUGUGCCUUAUCCUCCUCUAUGUCAUCAAAUCUGUCCCGCAAAUCUCCAUCCUCUUUCCUCUCAUGGUGCUCGCGAUGUGCUUCGUACGUCGUGCGCUAGACUUUGUCUUCACUCAAGAGGAAUUGUAUUGGCUUGAUGACAUCCUUCCCGACAGUUCGUGUUCUCGCAAGCGCAAAUCCACCUCCACUGGUCCCGGUCGUCGAUAUCCCUCUGCCAAUGAUUUCAGUAGCAAGGAUUCUCUACCGCUCUCACAACCUAUGCUACUUAACACAGAGGAAAAGCCUUUCAGUGUCAGUGAGGAGGUCUCCAAGACAUUGAUUUGGCGACAACUCUCUGGCAUCGGAUUGGUCAAUCAAGGCGGUGACGAUGGAGACAGGAAGACUAGUCGACGCGAUCGUAAGAAAAAGGAGAAGCGGAGACAUCAUCGCAGUGGCGGUGGUGGCUACAGCAGUGGUAAUGAGACGAGCGAUUCACACCGAGGUAGCGGUGGAGGUCGGUUCCGUUCUCUGCGUCUCUUUAGCAGCGACUUCGAUGGCGCUAUUGGUCGUGACAUUGCUGUACUCUUCCAUGCCAACGAGACCGAUUCGGCGGGUGGUGGGACGAAUCCACCAACAGCUACACCUCUCACGACUACUGCUCAUCUGCCCACUCCGGAGAUAAAGAUUAAUCCACCGUCUCACCAAACGUCGCCAUCGGCUUCGCGACGAAAUUCGGGUGCAUACUAG